CUGGGAGAGAGGCAGGAGGAGGGUGGCUUUGCCCGGACCCCAGAGCAGAUCCAGGCCCCUCUGAGCUGUGUUCUAUGCCCCGCCCAGCCCCCGCUCAUCCCUGCAUUCCCACGGGUGCGUACCAGCCUCCUGUGAGAGCAGGUACAGAACAUAUUUGGAGGUCCUACCCCUGAAUGCGUCCCUAAGAGUAGAAACCAGAAGCCCCCACUGGGCAGGCGGGGAGCCGGGGAGGCCCUGAGAAGCACAGGGUCUGUCCAGGCUCAUAGCCCUGGGCACGAGCAGGAACCCAGUCCGAACCCAGCCCUGUAUCCUCACAGUGGGGACACUGGCUGCCCCCAGGCCUCGCAGGGGCUGUGGGUGGGCUGUGUGGCUGUCACUGUAUGGACGGGGCAUGGAGCAGAGGGCUGCAAGCUGAAGAAAUCAUGCCCUGCACAUGCUUUCCCUCACUGGGGAUGUUGUCUUAAGGCUCCCCGAUGGCUCUGGCCAUUUGGCCAAAAGAAGAGAAAGGAGAGUGACCGUACCGGGCUCUGCAGGAGCAGGGACUGGGGACUCCGGGGGAAGACCGCUGACACUGCCUGUGUGCCUACACCACCGUGUGGUCCAGGAGCCGGAGCCCAUGCAGGCCGAGCCUGAGGCUGCUCCGUCGGAGGAGCCAGAGCCGGCCCCACCUGCAUCCACAGCUCCAGAGGCGGGGAUGGUGCCUGCAGGGACUUCAGGAGGAGACCCGGAGCCAGCAGGAGCAGGGACUGGGGACUCCGGGGGAAGGCCGCUGACACUGACUGCGUGCCUACACCACCGCGUGGUCCAGGAGCCGGAGCCCAUGCAGGCCGAGCCUGAGGCUGCUCCGUCGGAGGAGCCAGAGCCGGCCCCACCUGCAUCCACAGCUCCAGAGGCGGGGAUGGUGCCUGCAGGGACUUCAGGAGGAGACCCGGAGCCAGCAGGUGGCUGGGCACCUGCCCACAGCGAGGCUGACUCUGUCCGGGAAGAGCUGGGGUCUGCCCCUGUCCCGGGGCCUGCCUUUGCUAUGGAUCCUGCCCCUGACAACACCUGUGCCUCUGCUCUGGAAUCCGCCCCUACUCCUCCUCCUGAGGAGCGCCCAGAGCCCCUUCUGGUGCCCACAGCCUUGCUCCACAAACAGUUACCCUUUGUUCUAUCCCCCGACCCUGGCAACCUGCAGGAACGUUUUGUGCCCGACGUGUACAUUUUUCCUUUCUGCUACAUACUGAUUUUGAUUUUGUCUUUACAUGUUCUGUAUACUAUUUAUCAUUUGUUUUAAAAAUAAAAUACUUGU